CUGGUGGUACCCUGCCCCACCUCAUCACCCACACCCCAAGUAAAUCUGCUUUUGCCUUGGCCAGGUACAUGCCAGAAGCCCUGGUGGGACCCAAGACUCCGUCUGGCACCAGAGCAGGAAGACUACAACAGGAACGAAGAAGUGACGCUGAGCUGCCCUGAGGGUUUCCAGCCACCUUUCACCCACGUCAGAUGUGCAGGGGAAGUCCAGCCCAACAGUCACGGGAAACCUGUGUACAUUGAGGAGUGGCUGGGCAAGGACCCGGGAGGUGCCUGGAUCCACAUUCGCUCCAAGGUGGAGUGCGUGGUGAAAUGCCAGAAGCCCCAUUGGGACACCAGGAUUCUCUUUGCCCCAGACCGGGGUUCCUACGACCUCAAUGAGACGCUGACAUUGACGUGCCCUGAAGGGUACUGGUCACCCAGUCCUGAGGUUGCCUGCAUGAAACUCAGCCCAAGGCAACGCUUCGUCAUUCCUCAGAUCGGCUGGUUUGUGAAAAACAGCAUGGGACACUGGAAGCCUGUAGAGGGGAAUAUGAGCUGUGUGGAGGCCUUCCAGGUUGUGCCUGGGACUUUGGAGGUUUCCACCACCAGCAUCAAACUGAACUGGACCUGCAGUCUCCCUGAUGCCUGCCAGCGCAUGCAGGCCACGUGCAGGCUGGCAGGGCCUUCCUCCCCUCCCUGUGAGGCUGAGGAUGUCACAGCACAGGAGAUGCUGCACGGCCAGAAGGGAACAUUUACCUGUCCCCCUCUGCAGCCCUUCACUGUCUACAGUGUCACCAUCUCAGUGCCCCCCAGCACAAUCCUGUUCACACGGCUCCUGAGGACAAAGGCAACAG